AAACCUGAGUUUGACUGGACACCGGAAACCAUCGGCGUCGUAGACUCCUCCUUCUUCUGGGGUUACCUGGUGACGCAAAUACCUGGCGGCUUUUUGGCUUCUCGUUAUCCAGCAAACAUGGUUUUUGGCACAGCGAUCGCCAUCUCAGCGUUCCUCAACAUGCUGCUGCCUGGUGCGGCAAAGAUGCAUCUAGGCUAUGUGAUGUUUGUGCGCAUUCUCCAGGGCCUGGUCGAGGGCGUGACGUACCCCGCCUGUCACGGCAUCUGGCGCCACUGGGCACCGCCGAUGGAGCGCAGUCGACUGGCGACGUUGGCCUUCUGCGGCUCCUACGCCGGUGCCGUCGUCGGCUUGCCAAUGUCCGGCUUUCUCACCAAGUGGAUCGGCUGGGAGACCUGCUUCUACUUCUAUGGACUGCUCGGUCUGGGGUGGUACGCCAGCUGGCUGUGGUUAUCCUUCGAGAAGCCCUCCAAACACCCGACCAUUAGUCGUGAAGAGCUUGCCUACAUCGAGUCCAGUAUCGGUGUAGUGGCGUUUAAACCACCAACCCUUAAAACCACACCCUGGUCCCAGAUCUUUCACUCGAGUCCAGUCUACGCAAUCAUCAUCGCCAACUUCUGCCGCUCAUGGACUUUCUAUCUUUUGCUGAUCUCACAACCAAUGUAUUUCAAGGAGGUCUUCAAUUUUGACGUCGGAAAGUCUGGCGUCCUUGGUGCACUGCCUCACCUGUGCAUGGCCAUUGUGGUGCCGAUUGGCGGUCACCUGGCCGACUACCUGCGCACUUCGGGUCGCCUGACGACGACCAACGUGCGGAAGGUUUUCAACUGCGGCGGCUUCGGCAUGGAGGCCUUCUUCCUCAUUCUGGUCGGCAGCACCGACAACACCACCUUCGCCAUCAUUGCGCUCAUCUUUGCCGUCGGCUUCAGCGGCUUUGCCAUCUCCGGCUUCAACGUAAACCACCUGGACAUUGCCCCUCGGUACGCCAGUAUCCUAAUGGGCAUUUCCAAUGGUUUCGGCACACUGGCCGGCAUGCUCUGUCCCAUUGUCGUCAAUAAGAUGACCAAAGAACAGAGUCACAAAGAGUGGCAGGACGUGUUCAUUCUGGCGGGCGUCAUUCACAUCUGCGGCGUCAUCUUCUACGCCAUCUUCGCCUCGGGUGAGCUGCAGGACUGGGCAGAGCCACCAAAGGACUUCACCGAGCUGCAGAUGGAACAGCAGCAGAUGACGGCGGCGGCGGGGGCGUUGCCGCCUCCUGGGGCAGAUGGCAAUGCCGGCGGGGGAUACUAUGGGGCCACCGGGGCACAGCUGACGCAGCCCACCUCGGCCUGGGGCGACGGCACUGGUGGUCUGCAGCAACAACAGCAGCAGUACGGCACCUGGGACGACCAGACCGGGGCGGGGGCCACUGCGACAAAUCCAUUCGCACCGGCAGGCGGUGUUCCCGGAGGAGGAGUCGGCGGUUAUGGCGGCGGCUAUAACGACCCGAACGCCGCCUGGGGCAGCAAUGGCACUGCGGGCGGCUAUGGCGCAGUGGACAACAACAACACCGCUGGCGCCUCCUUCUACGAGACUCGGGCGCAGUACGUGCAGCCGUCCAGUCAGUACCAGUGA